UCGGAUUUGUAUGACUCUUUCGUAAAAGAGAGUUUAGGCUUUGCAUGUGGAUUAUAGGUUCUUAAGGCAUUUAAUUCUUAACAAAAAGAGUAUUUGAUAAAAUUAGGAUGAAGUUUGUUUUAUUACAUAUGUUCAUACAUAUAUCAACAUUUAUUACGAGGAUAAUGUUUAGGCAUUUUCAUUUAAUGUUUAAAAUUGUUCUCUAAUUUUUAAGGAUCUAAAAGAAUUUGGUUUUCUAGAAAUUCUAAAGUAAAUCCUAGACUUUAAUACAAGGCGAAUUUUAUCCAAAAAUAAUAAAUAAAAUAAUAUCUAGUAAAUAAUAAUUUAUUGAACAUGUUUAGUAUAAAGACCGAAAAUUAACAAAAUGGAAGCAUUAAUAUUCCAUUUAAGUUUAAGUUCUAAUCAAGGCAUUUAAAGAAGGUGUCUGGUAACGAAUGGAACAAAAUGCUGCUUUAGCACUGCCUGAUUUUUGGCAACUCAAGCAGUUCGAAAAGUUUCCAGAGGUCAAAGCUCUGAAGCGCCAUUCCCUUUCCCCAUUAUCUUCCCCCAACUUACCCCCAUAAUUAAUAUGUAUACUAUCUAACACUGGCAUUAGAAAGCUUUGGCGAAUGUGAAAAGCUACGCUAGAAGCUUAUGUCCAUAUGAUCGCCACUCUGCACUUAGUUUAUAAACAACGCUCGCCGGGUGCAGUCGGAAUCGGAAUAUAUACCCAUACAACCAUUGGAACCCCAAGCGGCGUGCCCAUAAGCAUAUGUAAUUGCUUAUCAACCCGGACUGUCCGAAAUCGCUGAGAGCACAUCAAUCAAAAUACAAAAAAAUGCGACUACUGGCCAGACACGCGAUUCGAUUGUUGGGUCAGCAGAAUCGAGGAGAAGGUGGAGGCGGAGGACGUGGAGAGGUGGCUUCAAUUUGGAGAGGAGGAAUCCGGCUAAAAGCCACAACCGGUUACCUGAAUCUGGCCACAGCAAGUGUUCAGCGAUUGGAGCCGGAGAAACAGGUGCAGAGAAAGAAUGUAAUUGCCCAGAAUUCUCCACUUACGGAUUCAUUUGGUCGCCACCAUACCUAUUUGAGGAUUUCCCUAACCGAACGCUGCAAUCUUCGAUGUGACUACUGCAUGCCCGCUGAGGGAGUUCCACUGCAACCCAAAUCGAAUCUGUUGACCACCGAGGAAAUCCUUCGCCUAGCUCGAAUCUUUGUGGAGCAGGGAGUGCGCAAAAUCCGCUUGACAGGAGGAGAGCCCACUGUCAGGAGGGACAUAGUAGAAAUAGUGGCACAAAUGAAGGCCCUACCCGAACUGGAGCAAGUUGGCAUAACCACCAAUGGCCUGGUACUCACCCGCCUCCUUCUGCCGCUCCAAAGAGCAGGCUUGGAUUCGCUUAACAUUAGUUUGGACACGCUGAAAAGGGAUCGCUUUGAGAAGGUAACCCGGAGAAAAGGCUGGGAAAGGGUUAUAGCUGGCAUCGAUCUGGCCAUCCAAUUGGGCUAUCGUCCCAAGGUGAACUGUGUCCUAAUGCGGAAUUUUAACGAGGAUGAGAUCUGCGACUUCGUGGAGUUCACACAGGAUCGCCCGGUGGACGUGCGGUUUAUAGAGUACAUGCCCUUCUCGGGAAAUAAGUGGCACACGGAGAGGCUUAUCUCCUACAAAGAUACCCUGCAAGUCAUCCGUGAAAGGUGGCCGGAUUUCGAGGCCCUGCCCAAUGGACCCAAUGACACCUCCAAAGCUUAUGCUGUUCCCGGAUACAAGGGUCAAGUGGGUUUUAUUACCUCGAUGACGGAACACUUUUGUGGAACCUGCAACAGAUUGCGACUCACUGCGGAUGGCAACAUCAAGGUGUGUUUGUUUGGCAAUAAAGAGUUCUCCUUACGAGAUGCCAUGCGAAAUGAGAAUAUAAGUGAGGAGCAGCUGGUGGAUCUCAUUGGAGCGGCGGUGCAGCGCAAAAAGAAACAGCAUGCAGAUGCUGCGCCACAACUCCAUCAGCAUCACCAUCAUCAUUAUUUGUUUCACCAAACAUAUCAUCCUACAAGAACGCAACUUCAGGUUCGGAAUUGUAGCCACCUCACCCAUGUCAAUGCACAGGGCAAAGCCCAAAUGGUCGAUGUGGGCGCAAAAACUUCGACCACAAGAUUAGCUCGAGCCGAGGCGACCGUCCAGGUUGGUGAGAAGCUCACCCAACUUAUAGCGGCCAACGAGUUGGCCAAGGGAGAUGUUCUGACGGUGGCCCAACUGGCUGGCAUCAUGGGAGCCAAACGCACAUCCGAACUAAUACCGCUGUGCCACAAUAUCAGCUUGUCCUCCGUGAAGGUGCAGGCCACUCUUCUCCAGGAGGAGCACUCAGUACGGCUGGAGGCGUCUGUUCGCUGCUCAGGCCAAACUGGCGUCGAAAUGGAGGCACUUACCGCCGUUUCCGUGGCUGCCUUGACUGUUUACGACAUGUGCAAGGCCGUUUCCCAUGAUAUAUGCAUCACCAACGUUCGCCUGUUGAGUAAAUCCGGUGGGAAAAAGAACUUUCAGCGGGAGGAGCCGGAAAAAGGAGCAGUAACAGAGUUCGAAUGAGAGUCCCACUAACUCAUGAAAUGGUUUCUAACAAUCGUAUGGCUAAGCCGUAUUCAGGGGAAUGGUAAAUCAACUACUGCUUAUUAGGAUUAUCUACUAGUUACAAUUUUUAAGAAUGAAAUAUGAAGAACCAAGCACAAAUUUAAUGUAUAAACGUUCCGUCACUUGCACGGUAUCGUGACAAAUGCAAUAAUUAACAAAUGUUUGUUCAUGUAAAUAAAUAAAUACAAAUGCACGUCAAACUUGUAUAAACAAACAACCAA